CCCCCCCCUCCCCCUCCCCCACCCACACACACACACAUCCAUCCACCUCGACUGGCUCCUCGUGCCUCGGCGACAUGCACUCUCUCCUGCGGUGGGCUGGCCCACUGGCCCGGCGAUCAGGCACACAGCCGGCAACCGCGGCUGCCAUGCAUCAGCUCCUCCAGCGGUGUAGAGGGCCUCCCCGCGCCAAGGCCCCGGCCGGAGUGGCCCUUGCGUCGGGUGCCAUCACCAGUGCCGGGGAUGGCCCAGCCACGACACAGGCGCCGGAGGCUGAGCUGGCCUCCACUCCGGCAGCCGACCCGAUGGCCGACCAAAUGGCUGACAUGAUGGCCUCGUUGAUGGCCUCUUCGGCUCCGAUGCCGGGGGCAGGUGGGGCACUUGCCGGGGAGCUGCUUCCGCUGGCAUCCUCCUACCAAGAUCCGGUGAUGGGGUUCGUUUGGGUGGCCGAGCGGGCACUCCGGCUGCUGCACGAUCUGCCAUCUGGAGCUGGCUUGCCGCCGGUUCCCUGGUGGCUGACCAUCCUGACGCUGACGCUGGUGGCGCGAUCGGCCAUCAGUGUGCCGGCCACCAUGUGGAGUCUGCGGCGAUCCCACGCCAUCGAGCGCCUGAAGCCCACGCUGGAUGCCUGGCAGGCACGCUUUUCGACGGAAAUGAUGCGCGACGUUGUCACGGCAUACGAGCGGCGUCGUGAUGCCCCAGGCCCGCCUCCAAGCCCGAAGGAAGUGCUGCAAGCCGGCAACAUCAACAUUGUCUACGAGGAUGUCGUCCCGGCGGCGCAUGGUAUCGAGCUGGCCCCGGCCGCGCGAAAGAAGCUCGUCCGGCAACUGGAGAAGAGGAUGCGCAAGCAGCGAGGCGCCGAACUCAAAGGGGCCGGCCUGUCGCACUAUGCCUCGCCACCGGUCAUGAUGGCUGUCAUGCAGAUCCCCCUGUGGCUGAGUGUGUCACUGGCACUGCGGCACAUGUCCGCCUUCUCCGGGGGGUCGUGGCUGCUGAAUGCGGCGGCCGGGACGCCGGACCCGGCUUUCCGCCCGGCGCCGCUGCCUGGCUUCACGGAGGGUGGCUUUGGUCCCUUCCUGGAUCUGACAGUGGCCGAUCCCUCGGGAUUGCUGCCGCUGGCCACCGGGUCGGUGCUGCUGCUGAAUUCGCUGUACACGUACCUGCGCAAGCCGGCCGGCGUGGAGCUGUCCGUGCAGAUGCGGUAUGUCAAUGCUCUGAGUGUUUCCGGAGCUUGUGUGAUCUUCGCCCUGGGCGAUACCCUCCCGGCGGCCCUCUACUUUUACUGGCUCUCAAGCGGCGUGUUCAGCCUCAGUCAGCAGGUCCUGCUCAAUAAUCCCUGGUUCCGGCGGUAUGUCCUGCGAGUGCCCUUCCUCCGCAGUGAGCGUGCAUCGCUCAUCCACCUUGGUCGGCGCCUCCAGCGUGAGGGCAAGCUCGGGGCAUCUCUCCUGGCGGCCGCCCGCGGGUGGCGUAUGCCGGCUUGGUGGCGGGCCUAGAGGGGGGAGAACGCGCGUGCGGGCGAACAGCGCACCCCCCUGCCGGUGCCGGAAAAUAGACUCUUCCGUCGGCAGUUCUCUGCUGGCGAUUGUUCCCCUCA